UAUACCCGGAGCUCUGAAAGUGGAGCUCAGCGGAACUGUUAAUGCGUUUCCACAACAAAUAUUACGGAGCAGAAGAAAUGUAAGACCUCUAGCAGCAGUGAACAAAUCUCUGCAAUAUGAAUAA